ACGUUCGAUUUGAAGUUACAAAAGCUUCGCAUCGAUUUUAAAGUUAAACAAUUCAAUAGAAAUGAAUUUUAAAAUGGGAACAAAAGUCAAUCCUGAACGCUUACUUAAAAACCCUUUACCAAUAGAGUUUAAUCUGAAGCCUUCGAAUGGCUUGUCAUUUUCACCUUGUAAUGAAUCUUUGCCAAUGUCACAAGGAGAAGAAAAGGAAGCUCAUUUGAUAGAAGCUUUACAAAUUCCUGUUGUUGCUGAAAGAAAAAAUUCAAUUCCUAUUCCUGAAGUAACAGACAUUGAUGAUGAAAGCUACAAUAGAAUGUAUCCUGAAAACUUCAUUGUCCCAAAGAAAAGAAUCAUAACUUUUCCUGAUGACGAUGUUGUCGAUUACGAUAUGGAUUCGGAUGAUCAACAGUGGUUGCAGAAACAGCAGCAAGUGCACUUAAAAAUUAAUCCAAUUAAUUUCGAAAAAGUUAUUGAAUAUCUCGAAAAUAAUAGCAUCAGCGAUGUGCCAACAUUAGAUAGUGUCAUAAAAGAACUCGCUCCUAUUUAUGGUUUUGAAGCUCUCGAAGAAAUUUACGAUUAUUGGUUGGACAAACGUACAAAACAUAAACAAAAAUUGAUAUUUCGCGUUAAACAUCAUGAAAAAUACAAAUUUAAUUCUUCAAAAACAGUCGUUGAAGAUCCUUAUGUUGCUUUUCGUGAAUGUGUAGACAAAAUGCAUACAAGAAAAAAUCGUCUUAAUGAUCAAGCCAAUUACAUGAAAAUGUUGGAAAUAAAAAGAGGCCUAGAGAAAGACGCCAGAAUGUUGAAAUCAGUGCUCAUAACCGAACAGACUAAACAUGAUUUACUUUAUUUGAAAUCAAAAAUAUUUGAAGCACAAUAUUACAACAAAACUUUUAAUGAACGAUUCCUGGAAAAUUCUGCUAUCGUGAAUAUCCAAAUGGUUUUCUCCAAAAAUUACAAAAUUGAUGAUAACAAGAAAGAUAAUUAUCAAUUUCAAGAAUUAGAAAAGGAGAAAGAAGAAUUUGAUUUCAAACGUCUUGCGAAUUGCGACUAUCAUAAGCCAAUUGAUUUCCAAGUUAAUUCUUUUGUUAACAAGACAAAGUGUUCCAGAAAAUCAACUUCAUCGAUUUCAAGCCGUUUAGGCAGAGGGGGCCGUAUUAUUUAUGAUCGCAAUACUCGAGCACGCAAAAGUGACGAUGAAGAAGAAGCUGAAGUAUACAAUUCUAUUAAACUCAUUCAGCCAAAAAUUGUUUUAAAUCUAACAGAUUCAGAACAAUCAGAGAUCGAGUCUCAAAAUGAAAAUUUUUCAAGAUCUUCAUUUACCUUAAAAAAUGCAACACAAGAUGUUAAAAAGGAAGACAACAUUUUUGAAUUUGUCUUUAUUUAAAGUUGUGUCAAAAGUUUAAAAACAUGAAAAUCUCAAAAUAUAAAUUAACAGCAAAAAUAAAUUUAAAUUUUCUCAGCGCCACCAAGUGUCUAUAACAGUAAGC